AUGUCGGAGCACAUGCAGCUCUACCUCGCCUUGUGCAGAAUCGGGCUGUACACGAGAGAAUCAUUGCAGGCUGGAGCCUGUGUUGCCUGUGGCAACGAGCACGGCGUCGUUUCUCCGGUGCCCACAGGGAAGACCUGCUACCGGGAGUCUGCCGAUCAGGGUGCAGGCCUCGGGUCUCAGGCCAUGAUUCAUGGGGUGACAGGUCUACCUUUGGCCGCCAUAAGGGCCCAAUCAGAUAAGUGUUUUCGGGCACUGUGCUGUAAAGGACCCCCACCACCGAGACCAGAGUACGAUGUGGUGUGCAUCGGCCUGACGGGCGCUGGAAAGACCAGCCUGCUCUCCCGCCUUUGCAGCGAGGGCAGUGACGGGAUCGUUCCCACAACAGGUUUCAGCAUCAAAGCGGUGCCGUUUCCAAAUGCCAUCUUGAAUGUAAAAGAACUCGGAGCGACGCACCUUUCUAUCAGGCACAGACACGCCCUGGCAGCCCUCAGCCAGGAGAGCGGCCUCUCUCCCGACUCCGACUCGUUGCCGUUCCGUCGGAGAAAAGAAAGCGCCGUUGGGAAAGCGAGCGGAGUGCGCAGCGAACCGAGGAGAGGAGCCGACAACAUCAAAAAAUACUGGAGUCGGUACUACCAGGGCUCGCAGGGCGUAGUCUUCGUUCUGGAUAGCGCCUCGUCGGAUGAGGACCUCGAAGCGGCGCGCAAUGAGCUGCACUCGGCUCUGCAGCACCCACAGCUCUGCACCCUGCCCUUCCUCAUCCUCGCCAACCACCAGGACAAGCCGGCCGCAAGGACUACGAACCAGGAGAAGAAUCCAUUCAGAGGAAACGUGGAGGCAGCUGUGCAAAUGGUGUGUGACAUAGCAGAGUCUGCCAUGACACCACAUACCAGAUACGCCCGAGUGUUGUCAGACAAGCUGUUCGGUAGACAUGCUGUCCUGUCAAAGUUACUCAGCAGAUUCAGGAUGUCCCGUUUUAUUGAAACUGGCCCUUUUCAACUGCCAUUUCUCAAACAAUGGGAUGAACUGGUGGGAGCCAUUUUGCUCUUCCAUACCCGCUCCAUACGUUAUCUGUAUGUGGUGGCGCUGCCAAGCGGCUUCUGCUCUGCUGCAAGUCCUGCCCUGCACCGCUCGUGCAGCCCAGCACAUGCCAAGUCUUGCCUCCCGUCUUUGAAGCGUCGAAGAGAAAAGAACGCCCCCGUCCCAAUUGUGAUCAACGGCCCUCCCUUUGUCUACUGGUCAAGCAGGGUCGGACGACCGGCCGCCACUAGCCAGAACAAGACUUCCGAAAAGCCUAUUCAGCAUAUCAAGAAGUACUUUGAGCUGGAGCCGCUGGCCCGGGGGAAGCGCUGGAUCCUGGAGGGCUGCUCCACCGACAACAUGGAAGCCGUGAAAGAGAGCUUUGAAACUGGAAGGAGGAGUCUGAAGAUAUGGGUGGCAGGAGAUUCCUCAGAGCUGACGUCCCUGACGCUGAUUGUGAAGACAGAGGAAUCCCUUCUGUUGUUCCCAUAA